GACUGCCGGUCGGUGUCCCGUCAGGCACCGCGCGGGGUCAACCCGAGGUCGGUGGGGUUUGCAACGCGGCGUCGGCGGCUUAGUCUCCUAGGUCUGAGCAGGUGCAGGGUUCCAGAGCAGGAUGUACACGCUGCUUUCGGGGCUAUACAAGUACAUGUUCCAGAAGGAUGAAUACUGCAUCCUGAUCCUGGGCCUGGACAAUGCUGGGAAGACAACCUUCUUGGAACAAUCAAAAACACGGUUUAACAAGAACUACAAGGGGAUGAGUCUAUCCAAAAUCACUACUACCGUGGGUCUAAACAUUGGCACUGUGGACGUGGGGAAGGCUCGUCUCAUGUUCUGGGACUUAGGUGGGCAAGAAGAGCUACAGUCUUUGUGGGACAAGUACUAUGCAGAGUGUCAUGGCGUCAUCUAUGUCAUUGACUCCACUGAUGAGGAGAGACUGUCAGAAUCCAAAGAGGCAUUUGAGAAGGUGGUUUCGAGUGAAGCACUGGACGGUGUCCCCAUCCUGGUGUUGGCCAACAAGCAGGAUGUGGAGACCUGCCUCUCCAUUCCUGACAUCAAGACUGCAUUCAGUGACUGUACCUGCAAGAUUGGCCGGCGAGACUGUCUGACCCAGGCCUGCUCUGCUCUCACAGGAAAAGGAGUUCGAGAGGGCAUCGAAUGGAUGGUGAAGUGUGUCGUUCGGAAUGUUCACCGGCCACCACGGCAGAGGGACAUCACAUAAGCACUGCCAACUUCAAAGUCUUGGGACUGUUCAUCCCCUGGUGUUGGAAGAGUGCUCCCUGCUGGCUCUGUGCCACUGAUGCUGGGGUUGAGCUGGCUUUGUUUGUUCAUUCUUUUAUUUGCUUUAUGUUUUCUCUAAGACAAACUUUUCUGUGUCUGGAAAAGUGUAGGUAUCCAGAGACAAACGUGGGGCAUGCAGGCCAUCCAGCUCUAUAUGCCCCACCCCUUAUAUCUGGGACCCUCCCUGAAGGUCAGGGUCUGGAAUCCUCCCAAUCUAGUGAGGGGGAGGGGUAAGACCACCCCUAGGCUUGCCUGUUAGCCCAUUCCAAAGUGGAACUUGAGGGCAUCCUACUUGAAAUGGGGGUCUAUCUGUGACAGCUGCUUGUCCAGCUUGCUCAUGGAGGUGGGAAAGGUCAGGACUAAUCUCACUUGGAGAAAGACGUAGCCCACAUCUCAGAGGCCAGCAUGGCCCCUAGUUGUUUUGAGUUGGGUGUGUGAGACAGGAUUUCUCUGUAACCCAUUUUAACCUUCGCCUCCUUCCCUGUACCUGUGGGAAUUAUAGGUGUGGGGCAUUACACUCUGCUUUCCACUAGGUUUUGAUCUAAUCUCAGGACAGGGUUCAGUAGACCUACCUGGGAAGUCUGACUUCUCUUACUAACCUAUUCUCACUCUGCUUUUAUCUCCAAAGGAGAAAGCUGAUAUAGAAAUGCUUGGAAGUCAAAUCUUGCUGAAUAUACAUUUCAGUACACCCACAUUCAGGUUAUGUGGUAUCCUGAGGUCACAGCUUUCACCAGGUUAUUAGGUGUUGCUGUAGCUACUGCAGGUGGGCUGGGUCCCUACAGGGUCCAGGUCAGUGAAAUGCUGGGUUUGCUUCUCUAGAUGGGUGUGAGGUGUGGGUUCCUGUGGGCCAUGCUCACUAGGCCCACUGGGUUAAAUUCUUUCUCAUGUGGCCAGGAUAAGGUUGUAAAAUAAAGACAGCCUAAGUGGUUCCUGUCCAGCUA